UCCCCUACGACCACGAAGCCUCUUCCCUUCUCAUUAUAUACAUGCAAGCAACCCAUUAAGUAUCAAAACAGCCCCCUCUAUACCAUCCUACCCUAAUCGCUUCACCCCCCUCUCUCUCUCUCUCUCUCUCUCUCUCUCUCUCUCUCUCUCUCUCUCCCAACACAAUGGAGAUUGCCCACAAAGACUACCUCCUCUCCUCUCUCCUCCAACUCCUCAACCUCCUCACACUCCUCGUAUGUCUCUCCAUCGAGACCUUCAUCUUCGUCCACAAAUGCAACCCUUGGUACCACCUCCUCCCCAUUUCUCUCACCCUUCUUCUCCGCCGCGCUCUCGCGACCAGGAAACAGACCUAUCUUCUCGACUUCUCGUGCCUCAAACCCCCGCGGCGGUACCGCGUGCCAAUCGCUGGGCUUCUGGAGCACCUCUCACUCAUCAACUGCUUCGACGCCGACAGUGUCGCCUUCAUGACCAAAGUCAUCACCUCCUCCGGCAUGGGCAACGAGACCUACUUCCCCCCUUCCUUGCAUUACAUCCCGCCCUCCGCGACGCACCUCGACGCCAUGAGGGAGGUGCACAUGCUCCUCUUCCCCACCCUCGACGACCUCUUCGCCAAGACCCGCGUGCGCCCUCUCGACGUCGACGCGCUCGUCAUCAACUGCAGCGGGUUUUGCCCCUCGCCUUCGCUGUCGGCCAUCGUCGUCAACCGCUACGGCAUGCGGCACGACGUCAGGUCCUUCAACCUCUCCGGCAUGGGGUGCUCCGCGGGAGUCGUCGGCGUGGACGUGGCCAGAACUCUGCUCAGCAAUAUAAACAGGAGGUCGUACGCGAUCGUGAUGAGCACGGAGAUCGUGUCGACGGGGUGGUACAACGGGACGGACCCGCGGAAGCUGGUGCUGAACUGCUUCUUCCGGAUGGGGUGCUCGGCGGCGCUCGUCACCAACCGCGGGAAUAAGGCGGCGGCGGGGGCGGCAGGAGGGAGGCCUGCCAAGUACCGGCUUGCGCGGCUGCUGCGGACGCACGGGGCGCAGGAGGACCGCGCGUACCGGUCGGCGUCGCGGGAGGAGGACGCCGAGGGGAUCACCGGAUUCUCGGUGGAGCGCGACCUCAUGCGCGUCGCCGCCGAGUUGCUGCGCCGGCACGCGGCCGCUGUCGCCGUGUCGAUACUCCCCUGGCACGAGAAGCUGCGGUACGCCGCCGCCUACCUGCGGAAGAAGGCCGGCCGCUCCUCCGCCUGUGGCCGCUCCGAGCAGGCGCCGGCUGCUGCUGCUGCUGCUUUUUCGGCCGCGGCCGAAGAUCUCGUGCCGGACUUCCGCGCUGCAGUCAACCACUUCUGCCUGCCGGCGUCGGGGAAGCCAAUGAUCAAGAAGAUGGCCGCUGGGUUAGGACUGCGGGAGGCGGAGAUGGAGGCGGCGCUGAUGACGUUCCACCGGUUCGGAAACCAGUCGUCGGCGUCGAUGUGGUACCAGCUGGCAUACUUGGAGGCGAAGAAGCGGGUGAAGAAGGGCGAGAGAGUGUGGCAGCUGGGCAUGGGCAGCGGCCCCAAGGCCAACACCCUCGUCUGGGAGUGCUGCCGCCGCUUCCACAAGGACGAGGCCGCCGGCGGGCCCUGGUCAGACACCAUCAACCGCUACCCCCUCUCCCCCGCCGCCGAGCGCGACUGGUAAAAUUAAUCAUAUAUUAUAUUAUUAUAUUAUUAUAUAUUAUUAUUAUUAUAUAUUAUAUAUUAUUAUUAUUAUAUGACGAUCGAGGAAAUUAAAUCGUAACAUUCCUACGCCCGUACGUACGUACGAAGAAGAAGAGAAAAAAAAAAAGAAAAAAAAAAAGGAGAGUGCAAAUUAAGAGAUCAGGUGAUAUUAUCUAUUAUUUAUUUGAAAAAAGAAAAGGGCGGAGGGAAGGUAAAAUAUCUUGUGUGCGCGGAGUUCUCUUCUUCAACUAUAUAUAUAUAUAUUUUAAAAUAGGCUCUUUUACUUUCUAUUUUUUAUUAUUGUUAAUGCCUUUUCAGUUGACCGAUCCGACCGAUGUUCAGUCAAUUCAGUUAAAUUAAAAAUUUCCUAUU